AUGGCGCCCGCGCCGCGCCGCGAUCUCCUCGCAAAGGAACAUUUCGCAUUUGUCUUCGGGGGUGUUAAAACCCAGAGUUACUAUGACCCAGCUUCUAAGGGUCCAGGAUCACAUACCCUCCGGACACUAGCCUGGAACCCUACCGGUCAGCUAAUCGCGACUGGUUCAGCUGAUCGUACGCUACGGAUAUGGAACCCCGAACGCCCUGCUAUUAAAUACUCGACGGAACUUCGGGGACACUCGGCUGCCGUGGAGAAAGUUCUUUUCAAUCCUGUACGGGAUGCGGAAUUGGCGAGCUGCUCGACAGACGGCACAGUGCGCUUCUGGGACGUGCGCUCCAAGACAUGUGUUAGCCGUCUCGAUGUCGGCGGCGAGGCCUUUACGCUCUCGUGGUCGGCAGAUGGGAGUACAAUGGUUGUCGGUAGAAAGGACGACACUUUGAUCCCCAUCUCGGUUCAGUCCCUGUCUACCCCUACCAUCCUAUCACAAGGCGGUGUUACAAAUGGUAUAUCCUCUAUCGGGGGCUCAAAACCUAGCUCUUCGACAUAUACAGCUCUCACACCACACCCCCAACCCAUCCAAACCAAUGCCACCACCUUCUCCAACCACGUCGCAACACCUACAUCCCCAGACCUCCACCUCUUCGCAACAACAGGCGAAGGUACCGUCAAGAUAAUGUCUUACCCCUCAUUCGAUAUCCUCCAUACCCUCCACGCACACACCUCCGCCUGCAUGGCCAUAUCACUCGCGCCUACCGGCCGCUACCUAGCCGUUGGCGGUAGCGAUGCCCUAAUUUCUCUAUGGGAUACGACGGAUUGGAUCUGCCGCCGCACGUUAUCCAGUGCGAACGGUGGUUCAAUUCGCGGCGUUAGUUGGAGUUUCGAUGGCCGCUUUAUCUGCGGGGCUUGCGAUGAGCCCUUCUGUGGUGGAAAUGGAUUGGAGAUUUUCCAUGCAGAGACUGGCGAGAGCGUUUACACGAUUCCCACCACUGGUGCCAAUGUGGGUGUUCCCGCUGUCGCGUGGCAUCCCUCUAGAUAUUGGUUGGCUUACUCGACGACCCAUGAUGGGCCGGGAGGCGGCUCUGGGGGUCUCAAGAUUGUUGGUGCUGCUGGUGGAGGUCUGUAA